AUGAUUGAUGCAGAUCAAGCGAUUGCUACGAGAACCUUAAAGCGUUGGCUAUUUGACGAUAACAAGAUGUUGCAGCCAUCGGCAGAGCAAAUCCACGUGCUGGUUGUAGCUUCAGAGAAGCUCAAAUGGGAGUCAAGUCCGGUGGGACCUCAUAUUUACGACUCAGAGUCACAGUAUUUCUGGUUAAAGAAGGAGGAUACGGCUGCUACAGGACUUCUUCCCAAACGACUGAUGCUGUACUGCAGACCCAACUUUCAUAAGCAGGUUGAGUUCUUACGUGAAAGGGUGCUAAAAGAUGGUCAUCUAGGCUGGGUUCUCGGUCCUCCAGGAACGGGAAAGUCAGCGACUGCUAUGGCUUUUGCUUUAACAGUCGACAGAAGUGAAUGGGAGGUGAUAUGGAUUCACGUUGCGAUGGAAGAUGACUGGCAGUGUGUACGUCUGCUUGGUGACGAGCGAACGUCUCGAAUUAUUACUGAUGUUACCGAAUUGAAAGAGGUGCUUAACGAUAAUGACGACUUCAAGCAUCGUAUAGUGCUAAUUGAUGGAUGGACUGCAGCAGAUGACUUUAAGAAGCUGUCAAAAGUGUGUAAGACGUGGUUUUCAAAGGAAGACGUUAUCAUGAAGCGCCGGCUCGCAUUUAUUUGCUCCAUUGCCUCUCGUAGGAAGGUUAAAGACGACCGCGAUGUCAUUGAUCGUGCAAUGGAGUGCCCGGUGUUCUCUUGGACACUGGACGAGUACAUUGAUGCGAUAAAGGAUGAUACAUUUUUUCGCAACGUGGAGCCAUACUUGGGUGGCCCCUUGAACGAUCGUUCAGCUAUGGUAGAGGCCAAGUAUUAUUACGCCGGUGGAUCCUGUCGCUAUAUGUUUUGCUAUAACUCGACGGAUGUGAUGAUAAAGUUGCAUGAUGCUGCGGAUGCAUUGAAUAAUGCUGAGAAUACCGCUACCAUUGGUAUGUAUUCACCAUUAUGCGUCAAUCGCUUGUUUGCGAUGUUCAGGGUAUCUGAUGUGAAAAAAGUGACACCUUUGAUCAGUCGCUAUGCCGCUAUGGUGAUCGCCAUUAUAUGCGGUCCGAAUACGAUCCGAAAUUUUAUGUCAACUAUCCGACAAAGCUCAAACCCGGCAUUGAAUGGAUGGAUGGUGGAGGUGACUUUCUUCUCGUGUAUUCAGCAUGGCGGUCUCGCGAUAUUUGAUGCGGACGGGAACAAGCUUGAAACGUGGAGUCAAUCUUUAGUAGUGGAGUCGGAUGAAAUACCUCAACUUCCUGAUGGCCCUGUAUGGAUUAAGCCAUCUAAAUGGAACCAAGGUGGAUACGACGCGAUCAUGGUGAGUAAGAAGACUGCCUUUGUCCGGAUGGUGCAAGUUACUAGUGCCGACAAGCACUCAUUUCAUAUUGGCUCCUUCCAUUCGUGGUUGGAAAAGCUCAUGCAGUCUAACCAGAGUUUUGAGAUCAAGACGUUGGAGAUAACCUUUGUUGUCACGAGAGAAAAGCUGAAAAGUUUUGAGUUGACGGACGUAACUGGUCAAGGACUGCUGGAGGCGUUUCAUUGGCUGCCGGCUAUGUUUCUUAUGAAGGCGCCUACCGUCUCGGGAAUAUGUGCGGCAAAAGAACAGAUGAACACGGACGCGGUAGUCGAAAUUCAGAGCAGCAGUUAA